UUUUGUUUGUUUGUUUCAUCACAGGGAUGCUUAAUGAUUAGAAGGGCCGUGUUUUCCAGCUGGGGAUUGCACGUUAAGUUAGAAAAUGUCUCCUCUCUUCAGCAGAGUAACUCGCUUGCAAAGACUGGUUUAAGGAGAGAUCUUGCUGCCGAGGCCGUCCUGGGAGAGCCCUGCUCGAGAGAGCUGUCAGCAGCGGGCAGGGUUCACGCCAUGGUGGUCCUGUCACCCAGCAGUGAAGCGAGCAGUGUUACGAGAUGUGCCCUGGUCUCAGCGAGGCUGGAUGCCCAGAGUGUGACCUGUUUUUUUUGUCUCUCAGGUGUUGGGACUCUCGGGUUUUAGGAGAGAUGCCUAUGUAAGGGGAGAGGGUACCUCUCAGAACAAAAUACUUUUAUGUCAACUUAUAGCUCAUUUCAUUCCUUCUCUGAAGGCUAUUUUGUUAACUUUAGUAGAAAAUAACCUGUUUAUCAACUAGAUUACUUUUCAAUAUACUGUUUCUCUAGCAGUCAAGGUUAAAAUCCAGUGGCCGAAUAGUCUAAUAUGAUGUGUUGAUGAAAAGAAGUGCCGCAAAGCUAGCUAGGGUGAACUAAUGCAUGCCUCACAGCUAUUUGGCUUUCUAAGUCUGGUUUUUGAGUCAUAAACCUUGGAAAGGGCCUGGCUUGGUAUUUAAAUGGCCCCGUGCAUGAUGUUUAUGCUCGGAGGCUUAUGUUGAUAUGCUCUUGGCAGUAUUUUAGUGUGCUGGAUAAGAAACGAAACUGAUUGUCAUGCUAGUAUACUGGUUUUUCUGGUAAAACCCAGAAGCUUUGUAGUUAACUGAAUUAAAAUAUCUCUAAAUCAGUUGCAGCAUAUCUACUGACAUGCAUCAGGGUAACAGAAAUGUAGCUGUGUAACGCAGUUCUGAAAAUGAGAAAGUGCCUGGAAAGAAACAUGGACAUUCUGCCAUUUCUUAAAAAGGAAUAAUCUAGGGACGUUACUUCCUUACUGUUCCCUGAACUAGAACAGUUACGUUCUGACUUCCUUUGGAACCAGUAUUUCCUCGAUUUCCUUUCCGAAAGUUUUUGCCUGUCCUUAAAUGCCUGGGCUCAAAACUCCUGGAGGGGGAAGAACACUGUGCCUGGGCACCUGGGUGUGCCUCUGAGAGUUGCUUCCAUGUUACCCAUUUAAAUAAUGAUUCAAGAAAGUAAGGACAAAGUGAGGAACCAGUUGGGUGUGCUGGUGCUGGGUGAGAGGGUUUAGGCUAUGGCAGCAGUUGACUGCAACAUCUGAGAACAAAGGGAGAAAGUCUGGGAACACCUAUGGAUGAGGAGGAAGGCUGGCAAUAAGGGUUCUAGAUAGUACAACAUAUAGGGACAGGGUAUGAACAAUGAGACUUCUUGGUAGGAGUUUCUCUCGUGAGCAGUACAGCAAAUGAGGUGUGGGGGUCUGCUGUCAGCUUGCUAACUCGCAGCUGAACGGCAGCUCUUGGCAGUCGAAGGACUGUGUUUUGUGUGUGUGUGGCGGUCCUUUCGUCUUUCGUUUCCUCUCUGCGACAGUGGUUGAGGCUGGAAGCCAUGCUGGGGGGUUCAAGUUGUGUUUUUAGGAGAGGCGGCUGGCUGCCUGCAGGGUGGGCGGGCGGGCAGCCCCUGCCUUUCCCACUCCCGGCAUGCAGGCACAGCGGGGGGACCUCAGACCAUCCAGAGACUGUAUUUUGUAAGGGUCAUUCAUUAUCAGUCGGCCGCUUUGCAUGAAGCGUCUCCAGUUGCCCCAGUGCUUCCUCCCUGCCAGCAAAACCACUUCUGCUUUCCCUUGUGUAAAGCAGAACGCAGGUAUGUCCCCUCCUCAGAGAAAAGAGGGUAUUUGUAUCUCAUCUAUACUCCCUUUGGGAGAGUGGACCCAGAGCUAUGAGUUACUAUGGGAAUCUGUCAAGAAACGCAAAACUCGUCGGCUUUUCCUGGCACAGGCUCCCUUGCAUGGCUCUAACCCAAAAUAGCCCCCCAGUGAGGGGUGAGGUGCUGGGAGCUGGAGCCUCGUCCUCGCCCUCCUCUUGCCCUUCUGCACUCCAGCUGGGGGAUUUUGGGGAAUGUUUGGUAAGCAAAUACCUCAGGUAAUGUAAUAAAAUGUGAAGGACCCUUAUAAUCCUAGCAUAAUUGGGGUUGGAAAGGAUAACCUUUGGAGGUCAUUUGGUCCAUUCCUCUGCUUAAAGCCAGACCAAAUUCAAAUUUAGGUCAGAUUGCUCAGGGCCUUGUAAAGUUUUUUUAAGAUGUUCGCAAAGAUAUACAGCCGCUUUGUCUGGAACACCAUGGCCAGCUUAUUCACUCCAAUACAACUUUCUCAGUUUAUGUUGUGAAUUCUUCAGGUUGCAGCAUGUAGCCAGCGUAGCACAAGGGAUUCUGCAGAUACUGUUUUUGUUGAACCAAAAUUAAUUCAGUAAUGGACUUCUACUUGCUGAAGAACUUUCUUUCUUUUUUUCUUUAAUUCUGUGGAAUUUUAACUCCAUUACAAAGAAAUAGCAUUCUCCCUCUUUUGUAUUAGUAGGAGCUAAAUGCAAAUACCUUUACUUUUCCCUGCUAAGUAAUGUUUCAAUGAUUGUUCCCUGGAUUUAUUUUAAAACUGUUACUAGAACUAGUAGCACCUAGCAGCAUGUAAAGCCUCAUUUUAUUAAACUGAAAUGAAAAUGUAGGCUUCAAAUCAUUGCUUUGUGUAACCUAGGCAGCUGGAACCAACACAUUUCUAGGUGACUGCUCUGCCCAUUGCUAGUGUUUCUUGACUGAGGUUUCACCAGAAGUAAAUUUCCCCAUGUGUAACAACAUGGCUGAACAAUAUAUUGUGCAAUAUAAAGGUUGACAGAAGUUGAGGUUUUGUUCCUCAAUCCUUUGGUAUUUCAGAUUUUUAUGUUAUUUCACAGUCGUUAUAAAUGACUCAGAUGAAAAGCAGAGCGUGACUGACAAUGUGUUAAUCUUGGUGACUGAAUUGGAGGUAGUAGAAGGAGUCUAGAUAAAAAGCAAUAGACAAAAAGAGACAAUUUUAAUAAAACAAACAAUCUUAACUACUCUCUUUAGCAUCAUGUCUGAUGAAAUGGGAGUUGAACUUUGUAAAAUCCUUGUUGCUUUUCUAGCUAUAGAACAUACCAACAUUUUCUACAUCCUAGAUUGCACAGUGGCAUAUAUAUGUGGUUGUAGGGAAAAAAAAGAUUCUGGGCUAUUAUAAAGCCUUUCUUUUAAAUAAAUCACAUGAUUCUGUCUCUACUCUCCAUUUACUGAAGAGUUCAGUUGUAAUUCUCAGUAUUUCACUGAAGUUCAGGUAGCUGGAACAUCUCACAGUAUAAACUGAUAAACUGAUCUUUUGCUAGUUUAAAUAAUGUUUUUUUAAUUCAUCUUUAAUUUGUGCUAUUCCUACAAGCUGGUAGUUUUGUCAACAUAUUUUAAUGUGGUCAUAUAUUUAACUUGUCAGUCUGUACUAUCAACUGCGAGAGCAAGGUUUAAGUUAUGUAGUUUAAAUGUGUUCUUUCAGUUUUUAAAAUUAGAUGUAUAAUUUUAAAUUAUUUCCUAUUACUUUUUUUUAACCUGUAUUCAUAUGGGGACCAGAAUCCAAUUAAAAGUACGUAAAGCAGGAUGGUGGUUUUGUUAGUAAAGUAGAAGAAAAAAUAGAUUAAAAAAGGAACACUUUAAGACCAAUUUAUUAAACAAAGAGUGUCUUGUGUACAAGUUGGGAAGUGAGCUAGAUGCCAUGUCAUCCCAGAACCAUUAAACAUCCUCUUGUGACAUCUGCUUUUACUCUCGGAGUGAAAAGCAGGAAGGAACUGCUUUCAGUUUCAGUUUAAUUUCCAACUUUGAAUGACCAUCUUCAUUGAACUGAACUAGUUGGAAGAACUGUAACAGACAAAAUAUAUUACUAGUUUAACUUGAACCGCAUUCUUUUUAAAGAAUAACUAGGUUUAUUGUUUACUUUAAAGCUUUAGAUCCUAUAAAAAGGAGCUCCUAUACCGUUCUUUUUUAUAUUUCCACUUAUGGAUCUCCUGGCUAUUUUGGACCUCUGUCUUUAAUAGAAGUUGCUGCCAUUGUCUUCCUUCUCUUGUUACGCCAGAGACUGAAAGGAGUAUCUCUCAAGGUUGAUGCUGGCAUCAGUAAAUGUUCUUUCUGCUUUUUUUAAAACUCAUUUUGGCAACCCUGGAAGAGUAGAAAGAAAGAGACAAUCAGUUGGCCCUUUCACUCAUGAUAUUCUGCUGUGGAAGCCCACUGGCCUGUGCAAGCCCACCUUUUAUUAUCUAUCAUAUGGAGACAAAAAUUGGAUACGUGAUAUUUAGUAGUACCACUUCAGAAGUGGAAAAGCAUAAAGAACUGAAUAGGUGGUAGCAUGGCAUCACGGCUGCUCCAGGAUUUACCCAAGCAGGUUUUGUAGUCAACAUCAAUACUCUAAACCAGUUGCUCUGAAAUUACUGCAGUAAUUGGUUCAUAUGAAUUGCAUGAUGUUUCUGAAUGGCUGCACAAUGGAGUCUUGCACUGCGAUGAAAUAACUGCACAUCCCGAUGCUUUCCUCUGAGUUGAGGAUGGUUUCAGGGUAUUUCAUGAAUGCAGGCAUAGAUAAUUGAGACUUACAUUGUGGUGGAGACAUAGCCUAGAAGGAAGCUGAGAUAUUUAAAGCUUGUGUUUGUAAUUCAGCUUUCUCAUAUGGUUUAGACAGGCAAGUACCUUUCAUCAGUAAUAAAGAAUUUUGAAUAACUCUUGUGUGAAAUUAUAUAUUAAAAAAACCAUGAAAUAAAAAUGUUGUUUUGCAGAACAAUUAUAAGCAGAUCCACAGCAAUGCAAGCACAUAAACCUGCCCCAGCAACUGGAUUUUCAAACGCUAACUAUGAGCCAGGAAAUCAAGUCCCCUAUGGCCACCCACAGUAUAUACCUGGGACUUACCAAGGUGUCGCAGGCAUGGGGAGCUAUGGCUUCCAGGUACAGGCCAUGGGAGUCCCAGCUGGACUUGCUGUUCCACCCAUCCAGAACCAGCCCAUUGUGAAGGAGGGGACUAUCUGGAUGCCUAUCCCUCCUUCUCUUCCCAACUGCCCUCCUGGACUGGAAUACCUCACACAGAUUGACCAGAUAUUAAUUCAUCAGCAAAUUGAACUUCUUGAGAUUUUGACUGGCUUUGAAACAAACAACAAAUAUGAAAUCAAGAAUACGCUGGGGCAAAGGGUGUAUUUUGCAGCAGAGGACACUGACUGCUGUACCAGGAAUUGCUGUGGGCCAUCACGACCCUUCAACAUCCGGAUUAUAGACAACCUGGGCCAUGAGGUGAUAACGCUGCAGAGACCCCUCCGGUGUUCUUCGUGCUGCUUUCCCUGCUGCUUACAGGAGCUGGAAGUUCAGGCACCUCCAGGAACACCAGUUGGUUAUGUUGUCCAGAACUGGCAUCCCUGCCUACCAAAGUUUACCAUUCAAGAUGAGAAAAGAAUGGAUAUACUGAAAAUUAUUGGCCCAUGUGUUGUCUGCAGCUGUUGUGAAGACAUUCAUUUUGAGGUGAAGUCUGUGGAUGAGACUUCUACUGUUGGGAGGAUUUCUAAGCAGUGGACUGGGUUUUUGAAAGAAGCCUUUACAGAUGCAGAUAACUUUGGAAUCACAUUCCCAAUGGACCUUAAUGUAAAAAUGAAAGCUGUCAUGAUCGGUGCUUGUUUCCUUAUCGACUUCAUGUUUUUUGAGCAUGCUGGUGAUAACCAACAGCGAACAGGAGUUUGGCAAUGAAAUCUAUAACUUUUAUAUAGAAGGAAGAAGAACAUAAAUCUCCCAACUUUCCAGCGGAUUGCAGAGCUCCAGUAAGAACGUGAGGAAUGUACAUCUUGCGCUUGUAGAUAUAUUUCUAUAAACUAAAAGCUUUAUGGUCUUUUUUUUUUUUUUGUAAUCUGAUUAAAUACUUUGUAGUUUUCAAAUAAGAACCCUUUGUCUGUACAGAUCAAUUUAUAGAAAUAUAUAGCAACCUUUUUUCCCAAGAAAUUUGGAAUUGUAAAAUAAAUACUCAUAAUUACUUUGGUUCCUAAAAAAGAGGACUACUUUUAUAUUCGAUAGUAAUAUAAGCAGUGAGCCUAAUAAAGAGGUCCUGGUCUUUUCCUCUGUAUCCUUCUUUGGUAGUUUUGCCUUGGUGUUCACAUUCUGUUGUUUCCAACUUCUUAACAAAUAUAUACCUUCAAAUCAAAGUAAUCUAAGUGAACAGAACUAUCAGAAAUCACUGUAAAAUUGUAUUAAUUAGCAAUAAAUCUGCUGUCAAAUAUGA